CGCAUCAUGAAGCAUGCUUGAAUGGAGGUGACCUUAGUUAUUAUCACACAGUAACGUGGAGUAUUAGCGGCUUCCGGCGGGUAGAUCUCGGUAGUUUGGUGUAGAUGCUGCAAGAGCUGAAGUUUCCCGGAAGCAGGACGAGCAAACAUGGCGGAAGGGCAUCAGGCACGCGUUCAGAAUGUGGUGGAGGAGAUGGUGCAAAGCCUGGAGAGAGACAACAUCCGGAAAAUGCAGGGUCGCAUGUUCCUGUGCAGCGCAGACUGCUGUGACCGACCCACCGACUCCAUGUCCCAGGUGCAUCAGUGCAUCGACAAGUGUCACACGCCGCUGGCCAGAGCUCAGGGUCUGGUCACCUCCGAGCUGGAGAAGUUCCAGGAUCGACUGACCAGGUGCACGAUGCACUGUAACGAUAAGGCCAAGGAUCUGUUCGACUCCGGCGCCAAGGACACGGCGGUUCGAGCUCUGAUGGACCGCUGCGUGGGCACAUGUGUGGACGACCAUCUUAGCCUGAUCCCCAGCAUGACCCGAAGAAUCAAAGAGAAUCUGGACUCUUUAGAGCAGUGAUGAGGGCGAAGGAUGGCGGAGGUCACAUCCUGGAGACAGACACACACACACACUCAGCCAGUUCGAGUUGUGUGAGUUUUGGUCAUGUGCAGAUUUAAAACAGAGGUUUAUAAUUGUGCUCUGUGGGGUUUAACAACAGAAGCCC